CACGGGCUUUUCGAACUAUCGCGAGACUUCCCUCCCCACUAUUUUCGUGACCACGUCAAGGGAACCCAGAAGUUAGAAAUCAUGGCGGAGCGCAGGAGACACAAGAAGCGAAUUCAGGAGGCCAGUGAACCGACCAAAGAUGAGAAGGCAGUGGCCAAGUACCUGCGCUUUAACUGCCCCGCCAAAUCCACCAACAUGAUGGGACACCGAGUGGAUUACUUCAUCGCUUCCAAAGCAGUUGACUGUCUGCUGGAUUCAAAGUGGGCCAAAGCAAAGAAGAGCGAGGAAGCUUUGUUCACAACCAGAGAGUCGGUGGUGGACUACUGCAACAGGCUCCUGAAGAAGCAGUUUUUCCACCGAGCUCUGAAAGUGAUGAAGAAGAAGCCAGAGAAAGAUGGAAAGAAAGAGAAAGAAAAAGAGAAAGAAAAGGAUAAGGCUAAGAGUGACAGUGGCAAAGAAGAGGAGAAAAAAAGCAAAAAGGACAAAGAUAAAAAGAAGGACUCUGAGGCUGCAGACGCAAAGAAGGAAAAAAAUGAUGACAGUCCAGGAUCUCCAAAGAAGAAGAAGGAUGUGAAAAAGAAAUUCAAGCUGGAACCUCAUGACGACCAACUGUUCUUGGAUGGCAACGAGGUUUACUUUUGGAUUUACGAUCCAGUCCACUUCAAAACCUUUGCCAUGGGCUUGAUUCUUGUGAUUGCCGUCAUCGCAGCCACUCUGUUCCCGCUGUGGCCCGCUGAGAUGAGAGUUGGUGUGUAUUACCUGAGCGUGGCCGCGGGAUGCUUCGUCGCCAGCAUACUUCUUUUGGCCGUUGCUCGUUGCAUCCUGUUCCUUUUCAUCUGGUUGGUGACCGGUGGACGUCAUCACUUCUGGUUCCUGCCAAACUUGACAGCUGACGUGGGAUUUAUCGACUCCUUCCGCCCCCUCUACACUCACGAAUACAAGGGUCCGCGCUCCAGCUCCAAGAAAUCCAGCAGUGAGAAAUCUGACACCAGAGGCGCAGAUUCAAGCAAAGCUCAGAAAUCAGAUAGCGAGGACAAAUCGGACAGCGAGAAGAAAGACGGCGAUGAGGAAGAGGACGAAGACGACAAUAAAGAAAUCGAGGCGAGUGAGGAAGCAGGGGCAGAACGUCAGUCGGACACGGACAGUGACCGGCGAGAGGAGGAAGGGUCACAGCACAGCAACGGCAACGACUUUGAAAUGAUCACCAGAGAAGAGCUGGAGCAGCAUACAGAGGAAGAGGAGGAGGAGGAAGAUGAUGAGGAAGAGCCAAGUGAGACAAAGCCCUUGACUGUUCAGACAUAAACGUUUUCCUCACGCCUCACACAUACUCCCAUGCUCCAUGUGGACCUGCUGACGUACUUCGGUCAUGUUCAGAAGAUGUUUCCCAUUUCUGUUCAGGCUGAGAUCUUCCUCUGAAAACAGACUUAAAGGUUAAACGAGAGCAGGAAACAGCUACGAUGACAAUGAAAAUAUUUCCCUCAAAAUGCUUCCCCCUCUAUGGAUGCAACAAGUCUCCCUGUUUCUCUGGUUUUCUUUUUCUUUCAUGUUAAAACUAUCUAAUGUCAAGGAUUUUGUUGUAUAAACAUGUCAGUAAUGUUAAGAAGGACUGGACUGGUCAAUUGUCACAGUGGUUUUUAACCCACAUAUAAAGGUUCACUUUCCAAUCUAGUGAGAAAAAAAUUCAAAUCUGAAAGUUUUUGAGAGCUGUGCACUUGUGACACGAUUAGCCUCAUACAUUUCUGCAAUCACGUGUAAGUUAAUAGACCUGGUUAAUGCGAACAGAGAAGUUAAUAAAUCAGAACAGUAUCUUUGAUCGAGGUAGGCAGUUAUUUAAAAUCAUAAUUGCAUUCAGAAGGGGAAACUAUAUCCACAUUUGUGCCAAAUAAUGCGGGAAAUUGAAUCUUUUUUUCAUAUGCAUUCAAUUUAUGACCAAAUUCCAGUCAAAUAGAUUUCAAACAUGUCGUGUCAUAGCUCACAUCCAUGCUUCUGGUUAUCUCAUCUGUUGUUCAAACUCUGAGGUUGACGAAUCGUGCUUCCUCAAGGGGCUGUGGUCCAAAAUAACCUGUUAGUAGCUAGUUUGUGUUUUAAUAGGGCCGAGGUCCAAUACUAUCCUUCCGUAGGGUUGCAUACUAUUGGCUAGAGUAUUAUUUUGCAUUAGCUGUUUCUUUGACUCAUACUGAGGAUACUAUUUAAGAGAUAAAAUACAAAUGUAUCAUUUAUAUAUGGAUUCUAUAAAUCUACCAGAGAUGUUCAUGCCAGGAGUUAAGGUUCAGCAUGAACUGUAAUCAAUUUUAUAAUGUCAGACAUGGAGGUUUUACUUUUUAAUGCAUUUUGUACAAAUACUAAAACCACCAAUAAUUGUUUUCAAUGCUUGUGAUGUCGGAAAGAUUGUUUCUGGACAAUUUAUUGGCGAGUUAAAACAUGAAUUCUGUUCAUCUGCAAUGCUUUGAUUUCUAGUGGGUGUCAAACGCGCACAAAAGGCAGCAAAGGUGUUUUGCUCUUUAAAAAAAAGCCUGUUAAAGCUUCCCUCAAAAUUCAUGGUCAUCUCAAGUUCAAAAGGAGCAGGGAAACCCCUCAUGCCCAAGUGAACUUCUCUCUUUCUUCUUAAAAUGCUAUGAAUCUUUAACCAUGUCUGUAAGUAGAUGAUCUUGCUGGUCACACUUAGUGUUCUUGUAGAAAUGCUAUGUAUGUCCUCAGUAUUCUUUGUCAUUGACUUUGAAGACCUGGAUAGGCUGGACAUGACACUAUGUGUGCAACUAAAGACAUUUGUAUUUUCUUUCUAUUGAACUUCACUCACCUUUGUUGUCCCAUUGUCUUUAUAAAGGAGAUAAAGAUGCUGAUAUGCCAGAUUAUUUUUUUCAAUUGGCUAGAUGUCUUUCGCUGUCUAUCAUAAUGUAGUGUUACAUCAUUUAUAAAACGAACUGAAAUCCCAUUAUCUUUUUUUAUGUGGUCAGCUUCAAUUUACUAAUUGUCCGUAUUUGGAUCAGUGUUGAGGACCGUCUUUUUGCAAUAUCUGGAAGAUAAUUUAAGUGUCUGUCAGAAAUUAUAUCUGUAUCCUUUUAUUGCAAUAAAAAUAUAGAACACAA